AUGGGUGAUAGGAUCAAUUUGAAUGAAACAGAAUUCAUUCGUGAGCUAGAAUUAAUACCAGAACUGUCAUUGGGUGAUAAUAUUAUAGAAGUUGGAGAUGAGAGCUGGGCGGACGAUCUUGUGGACCUCCAUAAUGCAGCAGGGAGUUCAGUAAUCACCACUUCAUUCACUUACGAAAGUAAAAAGGGAGAAGAAGGCAAAGAAGAAGAGGAUGACGAAAAAGACGAAGAAGCAAAUGAAGGAAAUAAAGAACGCGAAGAAGAAGACGAAGACGAAGAGGAAGAUAUAGACUUGAUACCAAUGGUGGGUGAUCAUCCACUUCCUCAGCUGACUUCUCGUCAAAACGAAGAAUUUAAGAAUCCAGCAGAUGCAGAUCCUUUCAAAGAAAGAAUAAAACAUGAUACAACGCCCCUUCCGAAAGGAUGCGGAGCUAUUUGGUCUCAUAGCGGUCGAUUAGUCUGCUUCUUCUUAUCACGCGAACACGACGAGAAAGCGAAGAGACAGUCUGAUUCUAGGAUUCAAAAACGGAGGCCGGAUGAACGAUACUUUAGCGCGGCCAGAGGUGUAAAAACUAUGAUGGAGGAAGCUGACCAUCUGUCUUCGAAUUCAAUGAUAGAUGAAGACUCGGAUCACGGUAUCUGUCUGGAGGAAGCUGAAUCGCUUAGCUCUUCGCUAUCGUCUGAUGCUAGCUUCAAUAAUGACUGGGAUGAGCUCAUAGAGAAUGACGUGCCCUCGAAGUCUCGUGUGAGAGGGUUGUUUAGGGAAUCUAUGAGGGUUGGAGGCGAUUUCUUCAGUAAUGAAGACCGCAAAUCAGGAAUAACACGAAGUGCUGGAGGCACAACCUCAAAUUACAGAUCUUCGACACACGGGGACUGCUCUGUCAAGGAAAAAAGAACCCCAAAAUCCUCCAAGGGACAGUACAAUCGUAUUUUGAUUGCUGACUUCUCCCACCUUAUUCCCGAAAAGGUCGAACUUGCCUUAUCCUAUCGGGUUUUAGGGACACACCGGAGAGUUUAG